UUGACGGGCGGUGGAUGGGGAAACUAUUUGAAUUAUAGUACCAUAUUUACAUUCGUAACUUGCAAAAAAUUUCAAUUUAGUUCACUACAGAUAUACCCGUACCAUAAAAAAUCGCUUGGGUUAAUGAUAGACCAUAAUUUGGAUACACAUUUACAAAUUGGAGUAUCAAUUACCUUCCAGGACGUAAUCACGUCAAAUGUAUAUUAAAAAGUAUUUCCAUUUGACCAGGGAGUUUUAGUAUUAGGUUUGGCUGGCCUAUAUAUGGUUCAUUGAGGAUAAUCCUGACCGUAGCGCUCUCUAGGACGCAGUAGCUGUUGCUGCUGUCGUGAAGAUUUUAUUCAACAUUCUACAUCUACUAUUUUUAUAGACAAUAAGGGUGCUGGUUUAAUUUAGACGUUUGGACUUCUUAGGGAUAUAGAGCCAUUGCUAUCACACUGUGAAUAUCCGAUAUUUAUCUAGACUUCGCAUUGACUUGCCAGCUUUGACAAGAUGCAGGGGACCGGCACGAACUUAUUCGGUUCGUCCAAUUUCUUUGGUGAUGCAAACAAAAGUGGUACGCAGGGCUCAAGCCCCUUUACGAAUCUCAAUACAGGAAGUAAUACUACUGGCUUAUUUGGCACGGGAAGUACCCUUGCACAAAAUAAUACGACUGGGAGUGCAACAACAAACGUCUUCGGUACUUCCACCACUCCGGCUACUGGAAAUCUAUUUGGAACCCCUUCAACGACAUCCAACGUUCAGCCUGCUGCUAGUACUACUUCUACUACUAAUGUGAUACCACCUAUGUUUGGCACUCCCACUGCUUUGUCGAAAGUUGAAGGCAACAAUUCUACACCUACUGGUGGUACCACGGCAACAACUGUGGCUACUAACACUACUCCAGCAAACACCACCGUUGAAAAAGUUGCCGGUGGUAAUCCCGCUACAUUCACCGGUACCUCUAACUUGUUUGGUGCUCCUGUUUCAACUGGAAAUAACAACGCAAGUACAUCUGCUAAUGCUUUGUUUGGUACAAAUGCUGCCUCUAGCUCUAGCACUGCAACUACUACCACCAUCGGUAACUCAACUUCUAAAACGGAUUCGAAUACAUCUAUUUUUGCUUCAAGUACGGCUUCUAAAUCGGGUACCACUAAAGACGAUGCUAAGGCCUGUUUCGAUAUGGAGUAUAGUAUUACUGAGCAGCAAGGUAUUGUAGAGUUACUUGACAGCUGGGAUUCCCGCUUAUCAAAAAAGAUAAAGUCUUACCAGGAAUUGGCUGAGAAGGUUGCUGGAGUUGACCGCAACAUUCUAUUGCAUAGUAACAACCUCAACAAGCUAUUAACGGAGUACAAUUCACUGGCUGAGAAGUUCAAGAAGAUGGACUCUGAGAUAAAGCAUUUGGAGGAGGAGCAGCUUUCUGCUAUUAACACACUGGAUAGUAUGGAACGCUCUUUAAAAUCCAAGCUUGAGGGUCGUCGUGGCCGCAGUACCAGUUACCAAACUGUUCAGAACAUAACCAAGCAGCUACAAAAUCUUCAAGAACAGUUUUCUCAUGCGUAUAAGGAUGCUGAGAACACGGCUGCUGUAUGUCAGCCGGAGCCUCUGUACACAGUUGCCAAAGUUCUUACAUAUCACGACGCUAGUUUGUCAAGUCUGGAGACUCAGUGUUUGGAGCUUGAGAAUUGCAUUAAAAAACUCGUCAACUCGAAAUUAUCGUAGUUUCUGUUACAAAAAAGGCAAUAUCACUGUAUGUCUGAAUGUGCAUGGAGCAUUCUAGGCCUUCUUCAAUUUGAUGCCAACACGUAAACCUUCCAUUGAUGUUGAUCACGUCAUUAA